AUAGUUAUACGUUAGACAUCGGUUGAAGAGGUUACAGAAUAAGAGGCUUUCAGAAUUGAUAAUAAGAAAGUGAGGGGAAACUAAAAACACUUAGCAAAAUGAACAAAAUAGUGCACAAAUGGAUUUCUUCGACAUCAGACUCAGCAGUUCCUCCUUUGGCUGUUGUCGGUGGAAAAGAUCUUGACGGUUCACCAAUCUAUGUUGGUCGUGCCUUCCACGAAGGUUCUAAUUUUCCAGCCAAAGUCGUUCCCAGUAAAAACUGUGCUUAUAUCAGUUGGGGAGGUCGUGAAAUAAGAAAGACCGACUAUGAAAUUCUAGUUGGCGAGAACUACAGAUUUAUUAAACCCUCUCUUAAUAGUAUACCUCUUAAUUCUGUCCGGACUGGCAACAGCGCUGAUGGAGAACCUCUCUACAUUGGACGUGGCAUUUGGGAAGGAAACGAGACAGUUGGUAAAAUUCAUCCUCCCAAUACUUGCUUGUUUAUUCCUUUUGAUGGAGAAGAAGAAAAAUUAGAAACUUAUGAGGUCCUUAUUCGUGAACCAACACACGUUUGGGUGCCUGGAACUAUUGAACAAGUUCCACCAAAUGCAGUUGUAGCUGGGGAAGAAAAAGGUCACACAAUCUAUGUGGGUCGUGCUCAUCAUGAAGGGGAGACUCUUCCAGCUAAGAUUAUUCCUGAUACGGGAAGUGUUUACGUCAGUCGGGAUGGAAAAGACAUAUACAAAACUGAGUUUGAAUAUUUGGUUGGUGAAGGUUAUACUUGGGUGUAUGGUGUACAUUCGGGAGAAAAUAUUCCAAUGGGAGCUGUAGCAACCGGACACACUUUGGACGGUCAGAAGGUUUACGUGGGACGUGGCUAUCACCAUGGUUCACAAACUCCGGGGAAAGUUCAUCCUGGAGUAUACCGCCUCUUUAUACCAUAUGGUGGAAAGGAAGUCAAGCUGAAGGAAUACGAAGUGCUUGCCAAGAGAUAAAUAAAAACCUUACUUAUUUCCUUUCCUUAGUUUCUAUAGAUAAUAAUUAUAUUUUAUAAAUAAAUAAAAAAG